AUGCUAUUUAAUUUUGGGGAGAAUGAGAUGAGUUUGGAAAUCAAUGGUCGAGUGGUGAGGACUGAAACCAGAUUAUGUCUCAGAGAAGAUGAGGUGUUCAACAUUUACUCUCACAAGUGUGUGACCCUGAUGUGUGACGGGAUGGACAUGCGCCCCGUCAACGGGACCUGCCUCCUCAAGGACAGGCAGGUGAUGAACGGAACUGGACAACUCUACCCUCACGGUGCUCACAUCUUUACCAUCACUCUCAGUGUUCAUCUGGGUGACGAGUCCCUGCACUGUCCCAGUGGAAAGUUGUCCAUUCAUCAAUCUGAGUUCAAUCUCGUCAAUGACUCCCUGCUUUAUAUUCCCAGUGGAGUCAUGCUGCCCCCAGGGAACUUCAGUCUCACGAAACAUGGCGCUAUCAUCUGCUCCCACUUCUCACGGAGUCACACUGACCAGGUGGUUUUCUUUGACUACUCUAACACCCAAGUUGUUCUGACCAUUGUGGCAUCAUCAGUGUCCAUGACCUCUCUUGUUGGGGUACUGCUGGUUUAUAGCUUUCUCCCCCAACUCAGAAAUGUUCCUGGUAAGAUUGUAAUGUCUUUGUCAGCAACUCUCCUUGUUGCCCAGGGUCUCCAACUCAUGACCAAAGUACCAACUGGUCCGAUGUGCGUAGCAGUUGCCUCCCUUGUCCACACGAUGUGGCUAUCCACGUUCCUGUGGAUGAGUUUGCUGUCUAUAGAUCUAGCUCGGUCUCUGAGAAGCAUGUCACCAUUAUCUGGAAUUGAGAGUCACAACAAACUGUUUUGUCUGUACGCAUGCGUGGGUUGGGGCAUUCCCUUCCUUUUGGUUGUCACUUGUAUUGUGAUCGAUCGUUUCCACGUGUGGGGAAUAAGUAUUGGCUAUGGAUCUGAUCACUUAUGUUGGAUAGCCAAUCCCAAAGCGUCUCUCUAUGUCUUCGGACUUCCACUGGCUCUGACCCUGCUUAUCAAUGUAACCUGUUUCAUAUUGACUCUGAUCAGCAUCGAGAAGACGGCCUCCAAAGUCGCUUCACAUUCCAAAAGCUGCAAGAACGAGAAGAAACGCCUGGGCAUAUAUGUCCGUCUGUCUUUCAUCAUGGGUUUCUCGUGGAUCUUCUGUUUCAUUGCUGCCUUCGCCCACGUGCCCCUUCUGUGGUAUUUCCAGAUCGUUCUGAACGGCCUUCAGGGUUUCUACAUUUUCGUGUGUUUCCUCUGUAAGUCGAGGAACUUCAAACUGUUGAAGGAAAAGCUCUACUGUUUACCCAAGAAGACUCAGACGAGGGGCAACACCGCAACCGCAAGCACGAGCUAG